AUGGAUGCUUUGUUAAAUAUGCAAAAAGAAUCUCACAAUGACGUUAAGGAGAUAAAGAAGACAAACGAGAUUCGGGACAAAGCACAUGAGGCUUUGGCAAAGCAAGUGGGCCAACUCGCGGAGGAAAUGGCUCAAAUAAGGGGAAGCAUGGGAAAGCUUCCAAGUGACACCACGGUGAACCCUAAACAUCAAAGUUCAAGCACGGGCAAUGUGAGGAAUGUGCAUAUUAGCACGGUAAGUCUUCUUUCAAAUGAUGAGGUUUGUGGUAGUGUUGAAAGCAUUCCACCACCACAAUGUGUUGAUGGUGUAAUGGGACAUACAAGAGACGAGUCGGAAAAUAAAAAUGAACAAGAAACGAUUUCACAAGUUAAAAUUGAGAAAAUGAAUAAAAAGUCUUUUUGUGAAAAUUGUUUAAAUCAAAUUAAACCAAUUAAUGCAUCACAAGUUGAGGAACGGUACCCACCGAAGGACAAGGGGUGGGAAAAUUUUAAACAAGCAAAAAUUAAUUUACCGUUACUAGAUGACAUUAAAAAGGUUUCGGCUCAUGUGGAAUGCUUAAAGGAGUUAAGCAUCAAAAAACGACACAACAAAUUACCCAAACCGGUUGAUUUGAUAUCUCAUGUGAGUGUCGUUUUAUCGAGUGCCUUUCCCCAAAAAGCCCAAGAUCCGGGAGACCCUCUUAUUCCAAUUCAAAUUGGAACAUUUAAAAUCGAGAGGGCGCUCCUCGAUCUUGGAGCUUGUGUGAGCAUUUUACCCGGGAGUUUGUAUGACCAAUACAAUUUUGGUCCAUUAAAAAAAUUUGAUACUCCCGUGGUAUUGGCCGAUCAGACUCCCACGCAUCCACGAGGGAUGGUGGAAGAUGUGAUUGUUAAGGUAGAUGAUUGCUACUACCCAGUUGACUUUUUGGUAGUAGAUUAUGCUGGAUGUGUUGAGGACACCCAACCGAUAGUCAUACUGGGUAGACCGUUCCUUGCAACAGCUAAUGCCAUAAUAAAUUGUGCAACAGGAACGGUUUGGAGAAACAAAGAAGAAAACGGUCAAGAAGAAAAAAAGGCAAAAAAGUCACCUCUAGAAAAGAAGAAGGAAGAGGAGGUGAGGAAGUUUGGACCGUUUGGCAACAAAUGGUACGAAUCACGGGUGGGUGAUUUCGAGGAGCUCGUGGACGGCAAGCACGCCAUUCGACCACCAUGA